AUGAAUACAACUACUACAAAAAGCUAUGAUACUGGUGAUAAUGCAUGGAUGAUGACAUCCACCGCGCUUGUCCUUCUCAUGACACCGGCACUCGCCUUCUUCUACGGCGGUCUCGUCGACCAUAAAAAUAUUCUCAAUCAACUCUUUCUCUCAUUCGUAUGUAUGGGUAUCGUCUUUCUUCAGUGGGUACUGUUCGGCUUCUCUUUCGCUUUCGGUCCACCUGUUAGCUCUGGUUUCGGAUCAUUCGGAUGGUCUGUGCUACGAUUCGGUGAAUCCUAUAAUCCAAACUAUAGUCCCACAUAUCCUCUUCUCACUUAUUGUGCCUAUCAAGCCACAUUCGCCAUCAUCACACCUGCUCUCAUCUCAGGCGCCAUCGUUGGUCGAAUGAAGAUCAUCCCUUACAUGAUCUUCAUUUUCGUUUGGUCAACAGUUUGUUAUGAUCCCAUGGCACACUGGGUAUGGGGUGAUAACGGUUGGUUAAAACAGUUGGGCACACUUGACUUUGCAGGUGGCACAGUCGUUCACAUACUCUCAGGUGUUUCUGGACUUGUAGCAUCGAUUAUUCUUGGCAAACGACAUGACUAUGAUCCUAGAGGCACCUCUGCUCACAAUUUACCAUUCACCAUUCUGGGAACAUGUCUGCUGUGGGUAGGCUGGACAGGUUUCAACGGUGGAUCGGCGAAUUCAGCGAGUGGUUUGGCCGCACUCGCAGUGAUCAACACACAUACUGCGGCUGCGACUGGACUAGUCACAUGGGUAGUGAUCGAUGCCAUGCGUGGUCACGUCUCCAUUUCAGGUGCGUGUAUUGGUCCCAUUGUUGGUCUAGUGGCGAUAACACCAGCAUGUGGCUUCGUUCAACCAGGAUGGUCCAUACUGAUCGGCACGAUUGCAACUUGCAUUGUCUAUGUUCUUCUCUUAUUGAAAAAGUAUAUGCGUUUCGAUGACACAUUGGAUGUUGCCAUUGUUCACGGUUGUGGUAUGAGGCAUCGCGGGAGCAUUUAUGACUGGACUNUUCAACCAGGAUGGUCCAUACUGAUCGGCACGAUUGCAACUUGCAUUGUCUAUGUUCUUCUCUUAUUGAAAAAGUAUAUGCGUUUCGAUGACACAUUGGAUGUUGCCAUUGUUCACGGUUGUGGAGGCAUCGCGGGAGCAUUUAUGACUGGACUGUUUUCACAGAAAUGGGUAAAUGAAGCAGGUGGCUUCGAUGGUGCAUUCUAUGGUCGCCCAGUUCAACUAUGGUAUCAAAUAGCUGGAAUACUUACAGCUAUCGGAUUUGCUGCUGCGUGUACUGCUGGUAUUCUACUCCCAUUACAUUGGACCAUAGGUAUUCGUUUGCCACCGUCUGAUGAAAUAGAAGGUCUAGAUGUUACCGCUCAUGGUGAAAGUUGGGAAGUGGCUGCUUCACGGGCAUUUAGCAGACUUGUAAAGCAGAUGUUGGAAGACCAUAAUAAUAAUGUCAAUUCUGACGAUGUUCGACAGAACGGUAUAUUUGCUCUACAGUACACAUCUGGAGACAGGAGUCAACCCUCCGUUACCAUUCCGUUUCCAACGCCGAAAUUAGAGCAUCAUCAUUUAUCAAACGAUUUUUUGAGUACCGGUAAACAGCAAAGUCCAAAUUGCGGUGACGCCAUACGCUUUUAA